CUUCAAUUUUGAACUAUAUAUUUCUUUCAUAUUUCUUUUAUGCCCUAUAUCGGAGCGACAGCAGUAUUCCAGCGCGUCUGGCCCGGCAACCCUGGACAUGCAACCUAGUUUUUCUCCGCAACAAGGAAUCCAGCGACUGCCUUUCUGGAAAGCUGUAGAUCGUCCUGCCCAGCCAACGAUUUUUCUUAGACAUGAUGACGAUCUCAAUUGCAGAGUGACGAAUGUUAUCGUUUGGCGCAUGGGUCCGCAGCUGCGCUUCGGCUGCAGGUGGAGUUUACUCAACGUCCCCAAGUUUUCCAGGACGACGGGCAACAUAUCUCAAAUCAUCCUGGACUAGCUGCUUGCUUGACAGUCAGAAAGUAUACAUUUCAUCGCAUCUCACUUCAUUGGAGAGAGCCGAACAAAAACGGGGACGUAGCUCGGUUACAGGAAUCAAUAUCCAGGAAAAGAAAACUAGAUCGAAGUUGUAGGUCCAGUACCUUCAACGAAAACUCAGAUUGCACACUGCUCUGUCCAAGACUUUUGGAUUCCCAUCUCGAAGCUUUCUCCAAUCUGAGUUCAAGCUCCCCCCCCUGUUUCCGGGAAACACCCAAUCACCACUCGACCUCGUCGCUAAGCAUUUCCUUUCCGUGGUAUCCCUGCUGCGCGGUAAUGUCACUAAGUUAACUGAGAUUCAUGUUCCCCGCGUGGGAGUGGGUGAUGGCACGCGGGAAUCUAUAAAAUAAUCCGGUCCUCCUGCUCUGCUUCUUACCUGUUACAACCUCUUCACAACACAUUUUCACCACCUACAGAAUCUUAGCCAUCAUUAUCACUUGUCUUAUAGCCGCACCAAUGUAUUUCAAUCCAGCCGCUUUACUUGCGUCGGCGCUGCUAUGGGGUUCCUCCCUGGCAGCGUCCUAUCCUAUUACUUCUCCAGAUCCGUUUAAAACUUAUGUCAUUUCCGCGCAGAACAUUCAGGCGACAUUAAUUCCAUAUGGCGCCACCCUGACUUCACUUUUAGUCAACGAUCGGGAUGGCAAGCAGCAGGAUGUUGCCGUCGGUUACGAUGAUCCUAAACAAUAUCUAACCGAUACCAAGACCAACCAUACCUACUUUGGCUGCAUCGUAGGAAGAUACGCCAAUAGAAUCAAAAACGGCUCCUUUGAACUAGACGGUGUUAAGUAUCCCAUUACCAAAAACGAAAACAACGACACCCAGACUCUCCAUGGAGGUGUUGUUGGGUAUGAUCAGCGUCCUUGGACCGUGGUAAAUCACACUGAGACCUCCGUUACCUUCAGUCUCCUCGACACUGGCUUUGAAGGUUUCCCUGGUGACGUUAUCACAUAUGCCACCUACAGCGUCGGUUCAUCGUGCUCUAAAGAAAAGACGAAAUGCGGAACCAAAUUAACUGCAAAAACCGUUUCUCUUGCCUUGACGAAGAAGACACCUAUCAUGUUGGCACACCACAUUUACUGGAAUCUAAAUGCGUUCAAAAGGCCCAACGUGUUGAACGAUACUACCUUGCACCUGCCGUUGUCAAAACAAUUUAUCUACAUCGAUUCCGCGGCGAUCCCAACAGGCAGGCUCGCAGACACCGCAACGACAUUCGACGGUGCCCUUGACUUCACUCAGCCGAAGCUCAUCGGCAGAGACAUCGCCUCGGCCAAGAAUUGCGGUGCCAACUGCACAGGGUAUGACAACGCAUUCAUCAUCGAUCGCCCAGUUAAUGAAUCAGACUGGACCUCGUCCCCUGAAACUAUGGCUGUCGCUCUGAACAUGGCUUCCAGUACCUCCGGCAUCAGCAUGCAAGUUACCACGAACCAAAAGGCCAUCCAAAUAUACAGUUGCAAUAAUCAGGAUGGGACAAUUCCCGUCAAGAAAUCUCAGGUUCACCGGAAUAAAAUGGAAGGCAACAAAGAGAGUGUAGACGUUAUUAACCAAUACGGCUGUAUUGUUAUCGAGACCGAGAGCUGGAUUGACGGCAUCAGCAACCCUAAAUGGGGCCAAGACAACUUCCAGAUCUACUCUCUCGACACCGGACCAGCCGUGAACUGGGUUACUUUCGCUUUUGGAAAUGUUUGAAAUGGAUUUUGUGAAAUCUAGGACUCGGGGUUUUAAACGGGCCAACCAGAUUUUAGGCCGAAAAGGGGGUAAAGGUUAUCCUUUCACAAUAUUUCCUUGGUCCGUUUCCCACGUGUUUUCUCCUGUUAUUUCUGGUCCUUAUCCCUUUUAAUUUUCCGCUGGUUUUAUUUUACCUGUUCCUUUAAUUGGCGCCGUUGUGCACUUUAAUUCUUAAUCAACCUUAUCUAUCAUAUAGAUAGAUACCUACUUCUGUAUCGAUAAUUUCCUUUGUUCCCUUCACCCGGAGGUACUCAUGAUCGAUGGCGCUGUUUCGAAAACAAGGGAGAAAAAAAAAAAAACAAUCAGUAUUUAAUUUGUAUAUAGGGAGCAAAAGCAAAUGUAGCGUUUUAAUACACAAUGAUAUUUUCA